AUGGUCCAACAACCACCGUCCGGAGGAUCACGCAAGAUCUCCUUCAAUGUGUCGGAGCAGUACGAGAUUCAGGACGUGAUCGGAGAGGGCGCAUAUGGUGUGGUCUGCUCCGCCAUCCACAAGCCCUCCGGUCAAAAAGUGGCCAUUAAAAAAAUCACGCCCUUCGACCACUCCAUGUUCUGCCUGCGAACCCUGCGCGAGAUGAAGUUGCUUCGUUACUUCAACCACGAGAACAUCAUCUCCAUCCUCGACAUUCAACGACCCCGCAACUACGAGGGUUUCAAUGAGGUCUACCUCAUCCAGGAGCUGAUGGAGACGGACAUGCACCGCGUCAUCCGCACCCAGGAUCUAUCCGAUGACCACUGCCAAUACUUUAUCUACCAGACCCUCCGCGCCCUCAAGGCCAUGCACUCCGCCAACGUCCUGCACCGUGACCUCAAGCCAUCCAACCUGCUGCUGAAUGCCAACUGCGACUUGAAGGUCUGUGACUUUGGUCUUGCUCGCUCUGCCGCAUCCACCGAUGACAACUCGGGCUUCAUGACUGAAUAUGUGGCCACCCGUUGGUACCGUGCGCCGGAGAUCAUGUUGACCUUUAAGGAGUACACCAAGGCGAUCGAUGUGUGGAGUGUGGGUUGCAUCUUGGCGGAGAUGUUGAGUGGCAAGCCCUUGUUCCCUGGAAAGGACUACCACCAUCAGUUGACCCUCAUUCUGGAUGUUCUCGGCACACCAACCAUGGAAGAUUACUAUGGAAUCAAGUCCCGCCGAGCGCGCGAGUACAUCCGCUCCCUGCCCUUCAAGAAGAAGAUCCCCUUCCGUGCCCUCUUCCCCAAGAGCAAUGAUCUGGCCCUAGAUUUGUUGGAAAAGCUUCUGGCCUUCAACCCUGCCAAGCGUAUCACGGUGGAAGAGGCUUUGCGCCAUCCAUACCUCGAGCCUUACCAUGAUCCUGAGGAUGAGCCCACUGCGCCUCCGAUUCCCGAGGCAUUCUUCGACUUUGAUAAGAAUAAGGACACCUUGAGCAAGGAGCAAUUGAAGCUGUUGAUCUACGAGGAGAUUAUGCGGUGA